CGUCCACCUCCCCCGUCUCGCCUCCAACGCCUCGUCCUCCUCCUCUUCCUCCUCCUUCUCCUUCUCUAAUUCUAUUUGCCACCUACCGUUGAUAACUCCAUCUCGCCUUCUCCCUCUUCCUCCCUCCACCUUCACCUCCACCUCUCUCUCUCUCUCCCUCUCUCAUGUCCCAUUCCCCUCCCCUUCUACAAAUCCAAGGCGCCACCUUUCUUCCCAUCCUGCUUCUCCUAAAGCGAGAUUCAAGGUUGGGAUUUCAGGGGAGGAGCUGCUGCCCCGUCCCAAAGCUCCAUUUCGGCUUAGAUCUGAGGCAUCGCUUCUCUCGAAAGGCUCCGCAAAUCGCUUCUUGAGCCUCCCCUAUUCCCCGGAUCUGGUUCCAUGAGGCAAAUGGUGCUGUAGCUUUCGGCGUCUCCGCUGCCCUCCGUCGGCUCGGUUCUUGGCACGGGACUGCUGAAUUUUGUGGAACGAGGGACGAAAGGGCGGGAAAAUUCGAUCUUGCUGGAGAUCCGGAGGUACAAGGAGCUUUGCUAUCAGAAAUAUGUCAUCUCUGAGGGAACAUUUAUAUGAUAAAACAUUUCUUUUUGGCCUUAAGUUAUGGGUUGUAAUCGGAAUAAUCGUUGCGGUCUCCAUACUGGGUGUUCUUUCCAUUCUAGUUAUAUGUCUUAAUGCUAGGAGUCAUAGGAGGUCAAGAAGGGCUUCCAACAAUCUUCCAGUCAGUCAAAUACCAGCAGUAUCAAAGGAGAUUAAAGAAGUGAGGGUUGAACAUGUCUCAGCUAGUGACUUUGUUGCACGUGAUGGGAUUCUUCUUACACUACAAGAUAAAUCUGAUGGAAAUGAAUCAGAUAAGAUUAUGGUCCAUUUGGGCCUGGGCAAAUCAAGGCAUGCUGAUGAGAACAGUCAUUCAGACUCAUUUCAUUACAUAGAGAAAGAUGGUAGUUCCCAUUCUGGUGACGAGGGAAGUUCAGGGACAGUUGCCAUGCGUAGACAAUCCUCUUAUCCUAUUACUGCUCCAUCACCUUUGACUGGCCUCCCAGAGUUUUCUUACGUUGGUUGGGGUCACUGGUUUACCUUGAGGGACUUGGAAAUUGCAACCAAUCGAUUUUCAAAAGAUAAUGUACUUGGGGAGGGUGGUUAUGGUGUUGUUUAUCGAGGGCAACUCAUCAAUGGUGCUCCUGUGGCUGUUAAGAAGCUUCUUAACAAUCUAGGACAAGCAGAGAAGGAAUUCAGAGUGGAAGUUGAGGCCAUUGGUCAUGUUCGCCACAAGAAUCUAGUACGCCUUCUUGGAUACUGUGUGGAGGGCACUCAGAGGAUGCUAGUUUAUGAGUAUGUGAACAAUGGAAAUCUAGAACAAUGGCUUCAUGGAGCUAUGCGUCAGCGGGGUUCUCUCACUUGGGAGGCUCGCAUAAAGAUACUUUUGGGCACUGCUAAGGCUCUUGCUUAUUUACAUGAGGCCAUUGAACCAAAAGUCGUGCACCGAGAUAUCAAAUCCAGUAAUAUAUUGAUUGAUGACGAGUUUGAUGCUAAGGUAUCUGAUUUUGGUUUGGCCAAGCUGCUGGGAGCUGGUAAAAGUCAUAUCACUACUCGAGUUAUGGGAACCUUUGGUUAUGUGGCACCAGAAUAUGCAAAUACUGGACUGCUAAAUGAAAAGAGUGAUGUAUACAGUUUUGGUGUUGUUCUUCUAGAAGCAAUUACAGGGAGGGAUCCUGUUGAUUAUGGGCGCCCUGCAAAUGAGGUAAAUCUAGUUGAUUGGCUCAAAAUGAUGGUUGCAAGUAGGCGGUCAGAGGAAGUAGUGGAUCCAAAUAUAGAAACAAGACCCUCUACAAGAGCACUUAAACGUGCCCUUUUGACUGCUUUGAGGUGCGUUGAUCCUGAUUCAGAGAAGAGACCUAAGAUGGGUCAGGUUGUCCGAAUGCUGGACUCUGAUGAGCCGAUACCACGUGAGGACCGGAGACGCCGUCGAAAUCGUGCAGGAGGCUUGGAGAUAGAUUCCCAGAGGGAGGGUUCCGACACAGACAAAAGUGACAACCCAGAUUCCAUAUAUAGCAGCAGAAAGAACAGACCAUCUCCAACCAAAUGAGGUUCCAGAAUCUGGGAGAAGAAUCUCUCUGCCUGAUUGCUCACAUUCUUUUCACCAGCUGCUUCCCCAGACUGCAACAACUCAUCAUUUCUACAUCUCUGUAGAUGACUGCUUGAACUCGGAUCAAGGCCAGCUGGAAUAUCCAUGUAUUUUCACCAUAAUUCUCGAAGCUAGGAUUGUUUUGUUGUAUGUAUGAUGCUUGAAAGUACUUCAAGCAAAAUUGUGUGUGUACAUAGUUUUGUUUUCUCGAGAGUUGUGAUCUUCUUCUGUAAUAGGGAAAUGCUUGUUAGAUCCGAUUGCUUUGAGAGAAUUAAUACUACUGUUUCACUUCA